AACAGUAAACCACUAUUUCCACACCGACAGAUUGCAGGCUGCAGUUCUGUCCGAGUCCUGGGCUCCUCAUGAAUAUGAACUGAAGGGCUCUGACCCAGAAAGUGGUUCUGAGCAGGGUAACAUGGGGUCUUGGAAAUGUGGAAGCUGCCUGAGUAGUCUGCUGAUUCCUCUUGCACUUUGGAGUAUAAUUGUGAACAUAUUAUUGUAUUUCCCCAAUGGGCAAGCUUCCUAUGCAUCCAGCAAUAAACUCACCAACUACGUCUGGUAUUUUGAAGGAAUCUGUUUCUCAGGUAUUAUGAUGCUUAUAGUAGCAGCAAUUCUUCUUGUACUGGAGAAUGAUAACAACUAUGAAUGUUGCCAGAGUGAAAACUGCAGCAAAAAAUACAUGACACUGCUGUCGAUGAUCUUUUCUGCCCUUGGAAUUGCUUUCUCUGGAUACUGCCUGGUCAUAUCUGCUUUGGGCCUUCUUCAGGGCCCUUACUGCCGCACCCUUGAUGGCUGGGAGUACGCCUUUGAAGGCACUGCAGGACGUUUCCUUACAGAUUCUAGCGUAUGGAUUCAGUGCCUGGAACCAGCACAUGUAGUGGAGUGGAACAUCAUCUUAUUUUCUAUUCUCAUAGCUCUCAGUGGGCUUCAAGUGAUUGUCUGCCUCAUCAGAGUAGCCAUUCAGUUGUCCAAGAUACUGUGUGGAACCUAUUCAGUCAUCAUCCAGCCUGGAAUCAUUUGAAUAAGAACAAGAAUGUUCUUCUUUAUCAAGAUAUGGUCAUCUACCUGUGUCUAUUGUAUGGAAUUGAGGGCAAUAUUCAGAUGAUGGCUUUUUUCUCCAGUUUGAGUUUAUUGUCCUCAUUGGAAGUGCCUUCCAUGCUGUCUUUCCACUUAGAAUUUUUUUCUAAGCUAUAUGUGUCAGGAUCUUCAGAAAUGUUCAUACCCUUUGAGCAAAUAAAUCCAAUAUCUAUAACCUAUACUAUGAAAAUAAAUAAGAAUACAAGAUAAAGCUUUAUGCAACUACAUAUAUUUGAAAAUUAUUUAAUAUUCUGGAAAGUUAGAAAUACCCAGAAAGUCUAACUUUAGGGGAAGGAUUAAAUAAAACAUGGUACAUUAGUUGUAAUAUUAUGUAAAAUGAUAAUUUAAAGAUUAUGAGUAGUACUAUGUGAAAAAGCAGAUUACAAAUUUAUGUUUACAGUAUAAGCGUAACUAUCCAAAACAAACAAAACAAAACCAAAUGACCAAAAUACAGGAUAAAAACUAAAUCUAGAUGGAUUUACACAAAAAUGUCAGCUGUGGUUGAUUUGGGUCAUAGGUGACCCUUCCUACCUGUCUAUAUUUUCCAAGUUUUCUUCAUUAUGUUUCACUAUUAAAAUACUUUUUUAAAAAAACAUAUUUUUACUAUUAAGAGGUUUGCUAUUUUUCCAACAUUUAGAGGAAUACACUUUUUCCAAAUGUUUUCCAGCAUUGACUAUCUGUAAACAUCACAGAAUAACACUUCAAUCAAUGUUCAGUGGGGAAAGCAGUGAGAUAGAUAAGCCACAAAAUGUUGUACACAAAUUUAUAUAAUCUAAUUGAGCUCUUGGCAUUAUUUUUUUACUCCGGUGGUGAGUAUGGUGAGCUACAAGAAGUAGACUUGAAAUGAAUGAGCAGUUGAGGACAUUCUCAGUGGGUUAUAGAAAGUGACCACUGACCAGUUGAUACCUGUUUCAUGGGGAGUUACCACUAAAUAUUUAUUUAAAAAAUUUUUUUAAAGUAAAACAUUUAUGAACUUUCUACUUAUACUUGGCAUGACCUUCUGGAGGACAGCAGUCAUGUUUUAUAUUUUUCUGUAGAGCCUAGCCCAAAGUGGACAUAGGAGACACUCAAUGUUGAACAUUCAUGCCAGGCUUUUCUGCUCCUCAUGGCUGCUCUGCUGAGUACCUGUCUCCAUCAUGGACCCAUUAGGCCUUAACACUUCCACCACUUCCCCACUGCCCUCCUCCACAGACACUGUCAACAUUGCUCUACCAACACCUGCCUGGCAGUGGUAGCCAGUAGUCUGGAGAAUGCCUCUCUCCUUGGUGCCUGCUCAACCUAUAGCCUCCUUUAAGAUAGCUUCCCUGUCCACAGCCUUUGCUGAAGUGAGCAUCUUGAAAGCAAGCCAUGUUGGGUACCACAUGACCCUCAUGACCGGGACUUAGCUGACAGAACUGGGACCGGCACCCAAACCAUGGGCAACCUAUUGUCACUCUAGUGGCCAGCGAUUUAGCCUAAAGGGAAACACUGUCCAAAUGAGAUUGGUGGUUAUUCUUGCUUGAAAAUUUGAAUUACAAAACCAAAAAUGAAGCAACGCAGGCAUUGCUGCCAGGAAAACAGUUGAAGGAUGAGGAAGAAAGCCAGCAUACAGAGAGUAUCUGAUUACUCUAUCAAGCCCACAAGCUUGUCAUAUCCAGCAUCCUCUUUCUCCAAAAGGCUCCUCAGUCCUCUUGUAAAUGAACUUCUGGCAGGUCAACCCCACCAGUUUGUCAUUAAGACUGUCUGCAUUGUGUUUAGAUUCAUUAUGGUACCAUACAUUGAGUGGACCAUGAACAGAUAUCAGCUGAAUGACUCCACCACAGAACUGGAAACAAUGUCUAACAACAGGGGCACAGUCAAAUUCAGUACAGUAUAUCUAUCAGUAAAUCACGUAUUAACACAGCCACCCAAAUUUUGUAUUUAAAGCGUAUAUGCUGAUGAUGCAGUAUUAAGUAAAAACUGUAUAUAAAUCUUUGUGUGCAGUGUGAACCCAAAUUUUAAAAUAACCAUACAAUUACAUGUAGACAUGUAUAAAUGUUCAGAUAUGUAGAAAAAUGACUGGAAAAUACCUAAAUGUUAAUAAUUAUCACCAAAUGAUGAGACUAUGAGUUAUGUUUCUUGUCUUUACAUCGUUCUAUAUUUUCGAAUUUUCCUUGCAUGACUUGAAGAAUUAGAAAAAAAAUGUCAUUUAAAAAGCAAGUAUCCUCUAAUUCUUUCUGUAAAAUCCAUUUAAGGACCGUAAAAUAGGAAAGACCUGGACAUGAAGCUAUGUGUGUGAUAGCCCUUUUCCUUACUUUUUUAAGAAGGUACUCUUUCUAUUUUUUAAGUCUCAGAUUGAAUAUUGCCAACUAAUCCUAAUUAAGAAUGAUUUCCAUUUUGUUCAUUUAUGCUCUUAUAUUUAUUAUUUCUCUCUUAUUUUCCUUGCUUCUGUCUCAUUGUACUUCUGACUGCUUAAGUUGAAAGCCUAGCUUAUUAAAUUUUAACCUUUCUUCUUUUCGUAAAAUAAGCAUUUACGACUAUAGUGGUUCCCUCUCACCUGCUGGAGAUACGGUCCAAGGCUCCCAUUGAAUGCCUGACACCACCAGUAGUACUGAACCCUAUACGUACUAUGUUUUUGCCUAUACCUAUAAACCUGUGAUAAAGUUUACUUUACAAAUUAGGCACAGUAAGAGAAUAACAACAAUACUGAAUAAUAAAAUAGAACAAUUAUAACAAUAUAUUGGAAUAAAAGUUUGUGAAUAUGAUCCCUCUCUCAAAAUAUCUUAUUGUUCGGUACACACCCUUCUUCUGCUGCUGCUUAUGAUAACAUGAGAUAAUAAAAUGACCACAGGAUGCAAUGAGAUGAAUGAUGAAGGGAUUGUGAUGUAGAGUUAGGCUACUAUUGACCUUCUGACCCUAUGUCAGAAGAAGGAUCAUCUGCUGCCGGUUCUCAUGGAUCAUUGGGCCAUGACGAUAUUGAUGAUGAUUGGAUGUCAGGAGUGGAUGAUGUCAAUGGCUGGGGAUCCCAGGCAGGGCAGAGCAGGGCAGCAUAAGAUUUCAUCACACUGCUCAGAAGGCAUGCAAUUUAAAACUUAUUUAAUGGAAUCUUCAAUUUUCCACUUAAUAUUUUCCAUUUAAUAUUUUCAGACCUCAGUUGAAAUCACAGAAGGUGAAACCACAGACAAGGUGGGGACUAGUCUAUGCAUUUUUCUUUAAGUACUGCUUUGGCUGCAUCUCACAAGUUUUGAAAUGUUGUAUUUAACUUGUUAUUCAGUUAUGAAUAUUUUCUACUUUUCUUUAUGAUUUAUUUUUCAAGCUAUGAAUGUGCUUUAAA